AUGGCUCUCCACUUCGCCACAAUCGCUAUCGUGAGUCUCGCGCUGCUCAGCACGCUCGCCACUGCUGAUAUCUCUGCGGUGCGUUACAAUCGUUUUGGACGUUUAACUACACGCCUGCAGCGACAGGAACUCAGACCAACACCCUACCCAGCUGCUGGCUAUCGUCCCAGCGAACCGUUUGAUUUUCCCUCUCCCGACAAACAGGAAUUUCUUCCAGACGGCGACGAUGUGGCACAACCUCAACCUGCUGCGCAGCCUCAACCUCAGCCACAGUUCCAACCACAGCCACAGUUCCAACCGCAGCCACAAUUCCAACCGCAACCACAAUUCCAACCUCAACCACAAUUUCAACCACAACCUCAACCCGAGGUGAGCGGUUUCGAUUUGGAAGCUACCCCCAAUUUGGGCUCCAACGGCGAUCACAUUGAUGCACCAAAUGCGCUCUAUGAUGCACCUUCACAUUUCCGUCAGACCCAAGCAGACCGUCAACGAUUUGCUUUCUCACGCCAGCAAUUCUCCUCCGCAGCACAACGGCCCCGCUUACCGCAAAACUUCCAACAAACUUUCCAAGCCACAACGCCACAGCGUCUUUACGGUGCACCCGCUGAUAACUCAGAAGCCUUUACACGCCAACGUCAGCAAUUCGCUACAGCACAACAAAGUUUUCCACAAACACCACAGUCCACGUAUGAUGCACCUACCGAAGAGGAACCACAGGCUGAGCGUCUGACAAGCCUCGUGAAAUCACAGCGCCUCACUGCCGCGCAAUCCGAACAGCAACGUGAAGAGCGCGAAGAUGAAGCAGAGGUGGCUACUGACAUUGAAGUAACCGAAGUAAAGAAGCCCGCUGCUGGCAGCACUCCAGCACCCGCUGCUCCAACACCAACCACCGGCGUGUUCUAUUAUCCAGCCGGCGCGGUUGGUUUUGUGCAUCCACUUACUGCCGCCUACUAUCAGCCGUCUGCGUUCAUAGCUGGCGCCGCUCCAACACCCGCGGUAGCGCCAGCUGCAGCUACCGCAGCAACGCCCACAAGCUCAGAUAGUCCGGCUGCUUCGCCGAAACCAGCAAGUCUGACUUCGGCAACUGCUAUUCCUGCCAUUGCUCCUAUCGCCGCGCCACAGUACUUUGCCGCGUCACCCUAUUUGCAACAAUACACCUUUGCGGCUCCUGCCCAACUGCAGGCGUGGUAG